CUCCAUCGCCAUGGAUACGGAGUCGACCUACUCGGAAUACUCCCACUACUCAGGGCACUCCAAAAAAUCUCAGAGGCAAGGAAGCAGAGACAGGCACAAGUCGCCCCGGAGCAAAGAUGGCAGCCGGUCCGAGAAGUCGGUCACCAUUCAGGCACCUCCUGCAGAGCCAUUAUUGGGGAAUGAUUCUUCUCGUACAGAAGAGACUCAGGACGACAACUGGGGUGAGACGACGACGGCCAUCACGGGUACCUCAGAGCACAGCAUCUCCCAGGAGGACAUUGCCAGACUCGGCAAGGAUUUGGAGGACAGCGUUGGGGUGGACUGCAGCCGCUACUUCAUUUUCACAGCCGCCGCCGUCCUCGGGCUUCUGGUCUUCCUCACGCCCGUCGCCUUCAUUCUGCUCCCGCAAAUCCUGUGGAGGAACGAGCUGCAGGCCUGCGGCACUGCCUGUGAGGGGCUCUUUAUCUCUGUGGCUUUCAAACUCCUCAUCCUUUUGAUCGGGACGUGGGCCCUCUUUUUCCGCCAGCCCAAGGCCCACCUCCCGAGACUGUUCGUGUUCCGCAGCCUCCUAUUGGUCCUCAUAUUUCUGCUGGUCUUCUCUUAUUGGCUUUUUUACGGUGUCCGCAUUUUGGAUUCCAAGGACCUCGAUUAUCAGGGAAUAGUCCAGUUUGCCGUCUCGCUGGUGGAUUCUCUUCUUUUUGUGCAUUAUCUCGCUAUUGUCGUGCUGGAGAUGAGGCAGCUGCAACCAAUGUUCACCGUCAAGGUGGUACGAUCGACCGACGGAGAAUCGCGCUAUUAUAGUUUGGGACGCAUAAGUAUCCAGCGUGCCGCUGUGGUUAUUUUGGAAAAUUACUACAGAGAUUUUGCGGUCUACAAUCCAACACUGGUCACAGCUUCCAAAGCCCGUGCCACAAAACACAUGGCUGGUCUGAAGGUCUACAAUGUUGACGGGCCCGAUAACAACGCAGCCGGUCAGUCCCGGGCUAUGAUAGCUGCCGCUGCUCACCGCCGAGAUUCCAGUCACAACGAGCUGUACUAUGAAGAAGCCGACCAUGAGCGCAGAGUCCGAAAACGCCGAGCGAGGCUGGUGGUUGCCGUGGAAGAAGCCUUCACCCACAUCAAGCGUCUUCAGGCGGAGGAGCAGCAGAAGGCCCCUGGAGAGGUGAUGGAUCCCCGGGAGGCAGCGCAAGCCAUCUUCCCGUCCAUGGCCAGAGCCCUGCAGAAAUACCUCCGCACAACGCGGCAGCAGCACUACCACACCAUGGAGAGCAUCCUGCAGCACCUGGCGUUCUGCGUCACCAACAACAUGGCCCCGAAGGCCUUCCUGGAGCGUUAUCUCAGCCCAGGCCCGACCUUGCAGUACGACAGGGACCGUUGGUUGUCCAAGCACUGGACGCUGGUUAGCGAAGAAGCCGUUACCAAAGGGCUAAGGGACGGGGCGGUGUUUGUCCUCAAAUGCUUGGACUUCAGUCUUGUGGUUAACGUGAAGAAAAUUCCCUUCAUCAAACUCUCGGAGGAAUUCAUUGACCCGAAAUCGCACAAGUUUGCCCUUCGCUUACAGUCCGAAACGUCUGUCUAGGGAGCCACAGGCCACGGGGGGUAAGAAGAGGGCCUUUUCCAGCGUCGUGUUUUUGGCUUUGGGGAGUUUUAUUCUUCCCUGUAAUUCUAACUUAAACUGACAAGAGACGGAUCAGGAAUAUUUCGACCAUCUGCACUUUAUCUGGAAAGAGGAGGGGAGCAGGGCGAUCUCUUUGGAAAGACCUGAAGAGGACUGGGUUCAGUUGAAGUCAUCAGGAGUGAAACCUUGGCCUUGGGUUGUACACAUCACAGCCAACGUGGCGUUCCGCUUUUCCUUGGCGCUUUGCCUUAGACAAGCAGGCAUAUGAAUUCUGCUACCCCACCCUGCUAGGCUACGGCUUCCUAUGGAAAGUCCUUGCGUUGCUUAGCUUCUGACACCAUCGACUUUGUUUCAGUUCAGACACUGCUCCA